GACUCUCGUGUGCUCGCCUCGCCAAAUCUAUCUAUCAGUUUUUCUCUCUUCCCUACGAGUGCAUCCUCCAGAAGUUAGUUGGCUCGUUUUUGUCAUCUCGAUAUCCAGUAAUAAAUCGUGCAAAAAGAGCAAGAAAACAACAGCCAUGCACUCGAACAAUUUGAUCACGUACGGCGCGGUGAUGGGCGUCUUCUUUCUGCUCGAGGGUAUCUCGCACUCGGUGAGCUGCACGAGCACCUCGUCGACGGGUCUGUUCUACAGGCCGGACAAAUUGUACACGGCUCCGGGACCGGGUAAACGGGCCCUGCUGGACAGUGCCGAGGACGCGCAGCAGCAGCAGCAGCAGCGCCUCGAUAGGUACAACGUAAUCGUGCGUUCGUUGAUGCAGCGUCUGCCCAAGUAUUUGCCGAUCCAUUGGUUCGCGUUCAAAUCGACGACGAAGAAGUCGGCCGUUUACGAGCAGCAACAGCAGCCGGCCCCGGAUGGAAUAAUCCUGCUGAAGGACGUGCAGCAGGUUGAUCGGAGCAGCAUCAGCAGCAACGACGACGAGAUAAAUAACAAUAACAACAACAGCGGGGGAGUAGACGACGGCGUCGGCGAGCUGUCGAGCGACGAUAUGUUCAAAGCUGAAAACAUGGUGUCAUUCUUCUGA